UUAGGUCAUUGAUUAAAAAAUGCUUUAAACAUAUACUUCUGUGUGUUAUGGUUUGGGUUAUAGAGAUAAAAGAUACAGCACCUGCCCUCAAGAAGCUCUUGGUCUAGAUAGGAAACAAUAAUGUAACUACAGCAUACCAUGGUGAAAGCUGUGGCAGAAGGAAAGAUUCUUGGACCGUGUAAAUGUUUGAUGAAAGGCUAACACCACUUUUACUUGCUGUAAAAACAAACAAUCAGCCAAUGGUGGAAUUUUUAGUACAGAAAGGAGCAAAUAUACAUGCGUUUGAUGAGAUGAAAAGAACAGCCCUCAUGUUUGCUGUAAACUAUAGAGCAACAAAUAUAGUCAGGCUUCUUCUUGAGCAAGGUAUUGAUGCCUAUUGUGAAGAUGUCUUCGGAAGGACUGCAGAAGAAUAUGCUCUUGCUAGUGGUUGUUACAGGUAAGUGUUUGCAUUAAAAUGC